GGCGGCGGCCCCGGCUCCUGCCCUCCCACCUCCGGGGCGUUGGCGGCUCGGCCCCGGGGGGCGCGGCGGGCCCCGGUGCCUCAGCCUUGCCGCUGUCCAGGGGCCGUGGUUACGGGCGGGCCCGGAGCGUCCCCUCACCGGGCCGGGUAGGGUGCGGGGCUUCCCGGGCUUGGAGACGAGCCUUCCGCGGGACGAGCUACCGGCCCGGCCCUGGGUCCCCUUCCCGGAAGAGAUGGGGGGAAAACGGCCUGGUUCGGGAUGAGUUAUGAAAAAAACCCAGAGUUUUGGAAAUCCCGGUCGGUUUGACCGGUUCUGGCCUGCCACUGGCUCCGGCACAGCUGCCUGGAGUGCCGCAGCAGUCCCAGCCCCGGGUUUCCCCUCAUAAACCCACUGAAGGCUUACCCUGCCAGCUAGGGAGCCGGUAAUGCCAGGUUCGUGUCAGGCAAUCAGAUACUAUUAGUAAAACUGAAGGUUGGAUGUAGAGUCUGAACUUCUUCCGGGUGUCCCCCUAAAACAUUUCUUGUUUCUCUACAUAAUUCUUCUGGUGGAAGAUCAAUGGGGGUUCCUGUUCUGUCGUUCACGCUGCAUAGUUGCUUGGAAGAGGUGGUGAAUGAGUGAAGAUACGUUUGGUGGUGGUUCAAAUGUGGGAAUUGCCCUGGAUGUGGUUGCUGCUGAUGCUGCCCUGGGAAAAUGCCUUGAUAGGGAAUUAACACCAUUCAGUGAUGGGCUGCGGGACAAGCAAAGUCCUUCCCGAGCCCCCCAAAGAUGUGCAGCUAGACCUGGUUAAAAAAGUCGAACCUUACACAGGCCACAAUGACAUCUACAAGCAUUUCAUCAAAGAUGACUGUGGGACUGUCAUCAAAGCUGGCUCUCCUUCACCUCCGCGUCACGUGAACCCGUACCCUGGGAACCACCUGCCUGCCCACGUGGACCAGCCGGAACCCCGCAAGAACAAAGUGGCUAAGUACCGUGCCAAAUUUGACCCCCGCGUGACAGCCAAGUAUGACAUUAAAGCCCUGAUCGGGAGAGGGAGUUUUAGCCGCGUUGUACGGGUGGAACACAAGGCUACCAAGCAGCCCUAUGCAAUCAAGAUGAUAGAGACCAAAUACCGGGAGGGGAGGGAGGUGUGUGAGUCGGAGCUCAGUGUGCUCCGGCGGGUUCGGCACACCAAUAUCAUCCAGCUUAUUGAGGUGUUUGAGACCCAGGACCGUGUGUACAUGGUGAUGGAAUUGGCGACCGGAGGAGAACUGUUUGAUCGAAUCAUCGCUAAAGGUUCCUUCACCGAGCGAGAUGCGACGCGUGUGCUGCAGAUGGUGUUAGAUGGUGUGAAGUACUUGCAUACGCUGGGUAUCACGCACCGGGACUUAAAACCAGAGAAUCUGCUGUACUACCAUCCGGGAACAGACUCCAAAAUCAUGAUUACGGAUUUUGGACUGGCAAGUGCUCGGAAAAAAGGAGAUGACUGCCUGAUGAAAACCACAUGUGGGACCCCAGAGUACAUUGCUCCCGAGAUCCUGGUCAGGAAGCCCUACACGAACUCUGUGGACAUGUGGGCGCUGGGCGUUAUCUCAUACAUCCUCCUGAGUGGCACUAUGCCCUUUGAAGAUGACAACCGCACCCGUUUGUAUCGGCAGAUCCUGAAAGGAAAAUACAGUUACUCAGGCGAGCCCUGGCCCAGCGUGUCCAACCUGGCCAAGGAUUUCAUCGAUCGUCUACUCACAGUGGACCCCAGUGACAGGAUGACAGCCCUUCAGGCCCUGAAGCACCCAUGGGUGGUCAGCAUGGCAGCCUCUUCCUCCAUGAAGAACCUACACCGUUCUAUCUCACAAAACCUUCUCAAGAGGGCGUCUUCCCGCUGCCAGAGCACCAAGUCCGCACAGUCCACCCGCUCCAGCCGUUCCACCAAAUCCAACAAGUCGCGGCGGGUUCGGGAACGGGAGCUGCGUGAGCUCAACCUGCGCUACCAGCAGCAGUACACUGGCUGAGCACUGGGCUGGGACCUGCCAGACGUCUUUCCAGAUGUCUUCUCUGCGGCGUAGGUGUGCAGCACCCUUUGCUGCGCCCUCACUCAGUGAGGAACAUCCAGGUUCCUCUCUCCCUUCCUUCCUCCAGGUGUCCCCCCCAUCCAUGAGGAGGUGUCCCCCCCUCCCCGGUGCGGAGGAAAGGGAAUGGCGUGGUGGCCAUCCCACCCUGCGAGCUGUGCCGUGGGGUCUCACGCAGGAAACGGGGGAGCCCUGGUGGGCUCAGAGCACAGCUCAGAGCCUCAAGUAAUACACCAAUUAAGGAGCCACGUGGGGAGAAGAGCUCUUUCUGUAGCCUAGGAGCUUGGUUGUUCAUAGUUAUUUAUUAAUUCCAGAGCCUUAAGUUUCUCUCACUUGCAUAUGAAAAAAAAAAAAAGAAAUCACUUUAUGGGUAUGUACACGCACGUACGUGUGUGCACAUACACGUGUGGGUGUGUAUAUGUAUUUAAAAAUUAUAUAUACACAAAUUUUGAGCUGGUUUAGUCAGACUCUGUGGUGCCUUUGCAGUGAAGCUGGGAUGAGUCACAUGCAGUUAGAAGUAGGAUAGCUCUGACUCACCGCCGGCCGUGCUGCCCACCGGCUCCUCCUCAAAGAGAUGCCAGACAGCAGUUUGCCGUGAUGGCUGGGAAGCUGCGAGGUUUCCCCCAAGGGCUGCCAUCCGCCUGAUGACGUCAAGGGAUUACUCAAGCUGUGCGAGAGCUGCCGGGCAAAUUGACAACCGGGCUGAAGCGCGUUGCGGGCUCGGAACUGGAGUCUGGUUCCUUUGAUCCAGACUGGGUGGGUGCUCUUGAUGGAGGGGUGGGAAGAGGAUCAUCCUGCUGCAGGAACUUGGUGGUACACAGAGAGAUCUCUUUGGCAAGGCAGGUUUUUGAGGGGGUCCUUGCUGUCCCCCUCGAAUUAUCUUUCCCCUGUUUGCAGCAAGACCGGUGCCUACCAUGCAGGAUUUGUUGUUCUUGUGGCCCUGUCAUGUCUUUGACCUGUUACGCGUCUUGUGCCUUUCAGAUGAGCGUUGCCAACCAUGACACUUCACCAACACUUUGGUGGUUCCAAGUGUUCCUCCCUGUCUGCAGAUUUUACGGGGCUCCCCUGCUUUGCGUUCCUCUUCUGCCCCGGUACCGCCAUCCCCGCUCUGGGACAGUGAAGCGGUGGUGGGAGCGGUUGGGAUGGCCGCAAAUGGCUCUGUAGCAUCAGGGUCAGGGCUUGAGUAGCGGAGAUCAAUCUUGGAGCAUCAGCAGUGAUAAUGCCCUGGAGACGUUGCACAAACACCUUCGAGCUGUUAGCUGUGACUUAAAGCCAACCAGAAAAAGCUGCCUUUUGGGUUUCCUCGUGCUGGGUGGGCGAUGCGUGGGCUGCUUGUGAAGGACCUCUGGGGGAAGGUGGGUGCUGUAGAGCUGAGCUUUGUGCAGGCCUCCUGAGAUAUCUUCCCAACUACUUAGAACAGCAAAGCAGGGCUGGUGGCACAAUCUCAGGGUGGAUUUGGCCUCUUGUCAUAGCAGAGACGAGAUCUGCAGCGAAGGAGAACGCCGGUUUUUGAAAUUUUUCGUAUGAGGCCAUGCGGUUUGCUUCAUGCUAUGCACUUGGGAAGUGUUUGCUUGGCUCUGGGCUGGAGAUGGAGGCUCUGCGAGCUCAAGGGGCUGGCAUGCGUGAUCUUUCCACCCAGGAUUGAUGUCCUCUGCUGCUGCGUUUUAGUGUCAGCAAGGUUUGAAGUGACUUUAACUCUACUGUCCGCAGCCCCUCUUGGUCAGCAGACAGUGUAGUUUCAGUGGGAGAAGACUGCGUUUGCUGUGCUAAGGAAAUUAAAGAAAAAAAAAAAAAGGGAAUUUCUAGGGAUGUGCUUCCCACCCCGCAAAGCUGGGAUGGGCCAUAACCACUGAGAGCGCAGCUCAAUUUCCCCGGGCGUGGGGUGGGGAAUACACCAGAGGAAGCCUGAGGACAAGCCGGUAUGUGUAGCAGGGGUGAAUUCUGAGUCCUUUGUGUGGUUUUCUAUGGUUUUUUGAAAACUCUGAAUUCUUUGCAGGCUGCCCUUUCUCGGAGUGGCCAUUCUACUAUAUCACACACAGUCUUUCUUCCAUCAGCAUUAACGGUUACCGCAGAAUUACCAAAAAUUGGGUUUUUUCGGCUGUGUGGACUGCAAAAAAAAAUGUUUCUUCUGCUUCUAUUACCUUCUCAUGUGGUCUUCCCUGGGUCGUUACCAUGGACUAUAAACUAGACGUGAUUUCUGACAAAACAGGCAGCUUGCCGUAUUUUGCUUCAUAAACAGUUCCCCUCAUAUUACUGCAAAAACAGCUCUUCAGCAACCACUCCAAGACAAGUAUCAACUGGAAAAUUCAUCUUUCCCUGUAGGUAGGAGAUGGCAGGACGGUCUCUCAGAGGCCUUCUGGUUCUGAGCCGUCACUCGUAAGAGUCUUCUACAUGUUUGGAGCAUCACACCCAGGCACUGUGAUCUCUUUUCCUCUCCCUUUUUCUGGCUUUCAUUGCCCUCCCCAGAUUAUCUUGCAUUUUUAUCCUUAAAAUAGGUGUUUUGUCUACACGAGGAGGUCAAACUGAUGAACUGAGCCAAAGCCUCUAGCACCUGAGACCUUUUCCAUUAGCCACUAGGCCAUCAAAAUGCACAGAUGUUGUGCAGAUGUCUGCCCACACUGUUCCUUCACGCUUUCCCUCGUGGGAGAUAAAUGAAGGUGGAAAGAAGGUGAGGACCUUGAGCUCUGGUCUGACCCAACUUGUGUCCUCUCCACCUUCACAAAGCAGAACAACAGUUUUCUCAUCUGUGACAGUUUUUUGCUUUGUUGCUCUCUUCGGCAAUUGGGUUUUCACCAGGAAAAGUUCAAAGCGAUGUCAUUUAGGGUGACUUUGGGGUGGAGUAUGUUUUGGGGAAGUGAGAUGUUGCUAUAUAGGUUCCUGGUGCUGUCAGUUUUCUGCGGUGAUGCGCUAUGACCCGGCGGUGAGUUGGCGGAAGGGAGGAUCCUUCACAUCCACGAGCAGUAGCGGAGAGCCGCAGCCCGCCUCUUCGGGGUCUCAGAGGUGGUCCUGCAUCUGGUGCAUCCCACUAUUAGGGAAUUGCACCAAAGAGGUCCCAGUCCAUCCCAUAAGGGGCUUUGGCUUUUCUAGAAAAAGAACCCUAAUUCUCUUUAAAAAUCCAGAGUUUUCUCGUUUGCGUGGAAAAAAAUCAAUAUAAACAUAGGGAAAAUCUUUAUGGGCUUGCCUUCCAUCGUUUGAUAAUAACACUCUUGGCUCAAUCCCUCUUCUUUUUCUAUAUUCAAUAUUUGCGGGAACCCAGAGAAUAACACGUGUGGGCAGAGAGGAGACGAGCAGAGCUCCUCCUGUGUCCCUUGGAGCCCUUGCUCGUCUUUCCGUUUUCACUCCGGCCGGAAAACUGCGAUGCUCCGGAUGUUCUGUUGCAAGCUCCAGCUCAAGAGCAAUUCCUCGGGUGCUUUUACCCUUGCAGUUGGGGCAUGUUUUCAGCUGGCUUCUGCCGGGAGUGCCGUCGUUCUGAGCAGUAGUUCAGGUGCCUUCAGUCUGUCCUCUAAGAAGCUCUUCACUGUGAAUUAUCUUCAUCGUCCGUCCUCAUGUAUAUUCCACGGGAGCAUCGCAGCUCUCUCAGUUUAUCUCAAGUCUCAGGAGUUGACACUUUUCAGGAGUGCCUUGUUUGGGGAUUUUAGGUUCUAAAAUCUCUCCGAAACGUCUUUUUCUUUGGUUUAAUUUUUUUAAAUCUUUUUCUUUGGCUCUUAAUGGCGCCUCUUAAUUUGGCUCGCGGGGUUUUUCUGCAAGGCGUCCUCUGGUGCUGAAUGAGCCGGCAGGAUGCAGGUAACAAAUGCCUGUUGCAGAGCAUCGCCGAGUUGAAGUCUUUACAUUAGCUGGGGUGCAAAUUUCUGUACACCAGUGCUUUUGUUUUCCCUACUUCUGUUCAUACCAUGAAAAUGAAGCUGGAAUGACACCUAGUGGCAAAUUGUAGUGUGUCCUUGUCCCAGUACAGCCCUCUUCUGGUUAUCUUCCCGCUCUUUCCGGGUGAGAUGCCCUUCACAAAGAGGAGUCUGGGUUUGGCGUGCUGAGUGAUGGUCCUGGACCACACCUCCAGUCCUGGAUGGUCAACAUCUUUCUCAGUGUGGCACCAUUUUCUCCUCUACUAAUCCCAAAGAACGGCAUUUUUAGCCCACAGAGGGGUGAGCAGGAGGUGAUGCGCACCCGCUGGAAGGGAUGCUCCAUGCUGGGGAAAAGAUGUGCGCGGUCCCCAGUGUCUAAGGGAGAUGCUCCCCAGCACCCUGCCUUGGGGACUCAUCUAAGGGACACUAGGAGAAAAGACGGAAGGUGCUGAGGCUAGGAGAAGCUGGUUUGGGACUUUCUCCCAUCACGAGAGACAAUGGAGCAGCUCAAGAUGUUGCUUCCCAGCGUAUUCCAUUUCAGGGAAAUGCAGUUUUAAGGAGUAAAGGGAAUUAUGGUUGCUUGCCUUUUGGAACUUAGCGGUACUGUGUAAAACAAUCCCAUCGUUUUGUCCUGGGAGUUUGUCUGUGCUCUCUCGGGGGAGAGAAUUACGGCUUCAAAGAAUGUGGCCUGUUGCUUCCUUGAUUAUUUUUUUUUUAAUUUUUUUUGAGAGUUACUGGAAAUGAAUGUGAAAAGGUCUUCCAGAAAUAACGUUAGGUGGUCUACAGACUUGCAUCCGGAUUUUUGAGUACGUAAUGUAUUUUUCUAUCCAUUUUGCUACAACAGCAAUUACUUGUCCAUGUUUGAUUGACGUCUCAUCCUUCUCAGGCUUCUAAAAAACCAACGUAUCAGCCCAGUGGUGGUAACCCUCCCCCUUCCUUCAAUCCAGCAGAAGUCUGUGCUGUUUAACACUGAGAUAUUGAUAGCAUCCAGAUGCUCCUGCCAGUCCCUGGACCGCCUUGUUCUUGGAAACGUACAACUGUCCGUGAGGGACAGCCUUUAUAGCCUGGCGAUGAGAGGACGCCCAGAGAAAAGGGCUCUGACCUGCUGGCGUUGGUGGUGGUGUGGAAACCUGCUGCGGUGCAGGGCUUGCGUUACAGACUUGUUUUGGAAACGAUAAACCCUCAAAGUCUUAACUUCUUCGGAUGUUUUCUGCUUUUAGGUCAGAUAUUUUUCUCUUCUGGUAAUUUACGUUCUUUCUUCUGCCCUGCUCUGUUUCUCAGUCCUGUUUUCUACCGGGGUGUUUGGCUGAAGUACGGAUAGAGUCAACUUCUGCGUAACGCGCAAACUGGAACAGGAAUCCUGGUUAACUCACCUACCGGGCAGCGACUCUGGAUUUGGCUCUGCAGGAGCCCGCGGGGAGUCCCGGAGCCGGGGAAAAGCAUCCGUAUGGUGCCUCGCGCAUGGGAGAAGGCUCCCUUUGAGGACCCCGCGGUGCAGGUUUAGCUCCGGAUGAUCUUGUACGAUGUAGGACAACCAGUGCCUGGCUGUUACAGGCCUCUUAUUAAAACUGUGUGGGGCCGUAUUCCUAUUAUAAGUGAUGAUGCUAAAGAUUUGGAGAGGUUUGAGGCGAGGUAAAUUAAAAUCUCAAUUGUUUGACUGAAUUUAGUUUUCUAAAUGAUGCAAAGCAACACAGAGAUUGGCUCGGGAGGGGGGAAUCCCACCCUCUGGAGGAGCUGCAGACUGUUCUCUGGUGGCAGCGUGAGCCCUUGGAUUUGCAGGGAAGGGUGAUUGUGUCCCGGUUUCUCACCAGCUUGGCUUCAUCCUGGAAAAUAUCACAAAGUGCCUGUACCACUCGGUGCCAGAUACCCAGCCCCGAGUCGCCUACACCGCUCUGGGGAGGUUUUUGGUGCUUUUUCUGACCACUUUCAGCCUGGGUUUAAGGCGGCAGCUCUUGGGUGCUGUGGAGGCAGGCGCCUACAUGUCAGCUGUGCCUUACUGAGCAGUAAAUUUGUCCCCACCUCCCCAAAAAUGUGAAGCAGCAGGGAUGCGCGGUGGCAAGGGCAUCGUGGAGCUUGGUACCUUCCACCUUCGGUGUCCCUGUGGUGGAGGGAGCUCUGCCUGCCUGGUGACAGUUUUUUUUUUCCUCCUCCCGCUCUCCUCCGCUGUGCGGUAAUACUGUAGAUCCCUCGUGUGACGGGCCAGCUACCGCCUGCCGUGGCAAAUAUCGUUGCGCUGUGUUUGUCUGCUGAACGUGGAGGACAUCGGCCGCCCCCAGCGCGGCACGUUAGAAACCAUCAGCUCUGGCGAGCACAUCCAGAUGCCGUGAGUUUUUCCUGUUGCCUUUCGCUACGGAAAGACACCUCCCGGGAAGCUCUGGGGACCGCAGGUCUUCCGGCGCUUGCUGUUAUUUUUGGUUGCCAAAUUUCCGGUGCUGGGUUGGAAUGGUUUGGAAGUUCCUCUGGUCGUGUCCCGUCACCCUCCCUAAUGGGGGCGUUCCGAGAAGCAUCCCGUUCUGUGACUUGCCUUUUGAGUCCUGCGUUUCCACUAAGGACUGUCUUAUAGGAUGAGGUCGGAACCAUUGUCAUUAGUCUGUAACGUUACGAUUAGAGUGUACAGAAUUAUUUAUUUUGUGUACUCGGUCUGCUAAACACGUAAAUGUAUUCUGUG